AUGUUCUCCACAAAGUUGAAUGCCGAAAUCAGCAGAAAUUCUCCAUGGGUCACUACGUCUACGUUGAUCAUCGCUUUCAUCAGCUGCAUGGUAGCAGUCAAACGGCUGCUUUACCGUCGGAAAAUACGAAUUGAAUCCCUGUUUAUCAAGGGAGGACGUGAGUUGUCUAGCGUGACCGUCAAAGAGUCCCACGACAUUAUCACUCAACUACAACAGCUUGAGUUCUCAUACGCCUUCUGCAGAGCUCGAAGGCUGGCUCUUCUCAAAGAUGCAGGCCCCCCAUUAAUGUCCAAAUCCUUUGCGAUAACGGGCCAUAACAACGAACGAAAGGCGGGAAAACGAUCAGUUGACCCUUUGAGAGAAUUCCAGUUCAAGGCAAGAUAUUCGGAUCGAUACGCAAGGUCUGUGGCAAGGAUGGACUUUCUAUGUCUCACUAAAAGGUGA